AUGUUCGUUGAUGUCGAUUGUGCUCGCAAGCAAGAAUUCGAUUCAUCAUCGGAGUAUUCUUCGCCAUACUUCUCGUACAGGCGAGAGAUUGUCCAGUUUGUUGCCAAAGUGUGCUCCAAGUUCAAGCUGAAGACUUUGACGAUCCACUAUGCGAUGAACUACCUCGAUCGUUUCGUGAGAGCCAUCAAUAUGAAGAGCUCGGACAAAUCUCGAUACUUUGUCUUCGCAGCUGCUUCUCUGAUGAUAGCCGCCAAGUUCGAGGAACGGCCUGACCACGUGCCAUACGUCCAAGAGCUCUUCCUACUCCCCGAACUGCGAGGCUUCGACCACUCAGAGGUCUCGUCGUCGGAACUCAUGAUCCUCAAGGGUCUAGGAUGGAAACUGCACGUCUGUACCUACGUCCACAUGUUGGACUCGCACAUCAGCACGGGGAUAUGCAGCACGACAGAGGAGGCGUCUGUCGACGACAUCUCGCGAAGGAACCUGGUCAAGUACAUCUACUUCUUCGCCGACCUGUGCCUGCUCAACUGCAAGUACUCCGACCUCCCGGUCGGCCACGUCGUCUCCUCCAUCAUCGGAGCUGCCCGGCUGUCGGUCCAGCUGCAACCCUGGUGGCCCACCAGCCUCGAGGAGACGCUGAGCUUCCGGGAGAAGGAUAUCGAAGCUUGCACGCACAUGAUCUUGAACGACUUCCUGCUCCAGUGGCCCGACUGGUUUCCUCAGCACCUGAGAGGAUGGAAGGCUGCUGUUGCGUCGACGCCGUGCCGAGUGCCAUGCAGGGAGGAGAGGGAGUCUUUGGAUGCGAUGCACAUCGACGAGGAGGGUUAUAAGAAGAAUCUCCUGCAGGAGAUGGAGAGAGACGUCGAGGAGGACGGGGAGGCUGCGAUGCUUGUUGCACCCCUCCCUUUAUCAUCUAAGCUGAAGGAUGGAAGUCAGCUGCUGGUGCUUUAG